AUGAAUCUGAAGAAGAAGAUGGGGAUUUCAGUGGACAAUUAUGUGGAGGUAUGCAGCAAAGAAGAUGGGUUUCUGGGCUCCUACUAUUUGGCCAGAGUAAUUGGUAAAUUGGGCAAAGGAAAGUUCAUGGUGCAGUACAUGGAUCUAGAGGAAGAUGAGGAUGGAAAAAAGAAGUUAAAGGAGGUGGUUGAUGCUACAAAUAUAAGGCCUGUGCCUCAAGAGAUUAAGGUUUGGGGUUUCGAUGUGCUGGCUAAAGUGGAUGCGUACGAUUGUGAUGGGUGGUGGGUUGGUAGGGUCACUGGGACAAAGGAUGAUUCCUAUUACUAUGUGCAUUUUGAUAGCUCCGGCGAUGAGAUCACUUACCCAAUUUCCAGAUUGAGGGUUCAUCAGGAAUAUGAGAACGGUCGUUGGGUUCCUUCCCAACAAAAGGGUAUGAUUCAUCUUUGUAAGUGCAAAAUUCUACUCAACCAAUAA